UUUUAUUAUCACACUGCGGUUUUAUGGGCUUAUAUUUGGGAAUUUGAGGAAAUUUUCAGCCUUGUUCUUCAAAUUGAUUGGAAAGUAUUUGUGGGUUUUGCGGGAAAUAGCCUCAUAGUUAGAUCCAAGCCUGAAUUUCUUCAAAGACCGAGCUUUUGUGUUACUUCAUCUUCUGCAAAUUGAAAUUUUCUCAUGAUCCUAUUUCAUAAAUGAAUUUUGAGGGAGACAAAUUCAGUUUGUUAGCCAUAGGAAGAGAGGAGCGAUGAAGUGCUUUCAGUUUUCAAAUGGUGAGAAGAAAGAAGAACCCCAUAGUAUGAAAUCAGGGUCUGCGAGAUCUAAUAGCACAGCGUCGACCGAUCGUGAUAUGAGGAGAUCAGGGUCAGAAUUCAACUCUCAGAACGUUUCCGAUUUGAGCGCUGAGUCUAUUGGGAAGUGUCAGUAUCCUAGCUUCUCUCAGAGGCCGAGCAAUCUCCGGGUCUUCACCUUUUCAGAGUUGAGGGUUGCUACGAAGAAUUUUGGUCGUUCGUUGAUGGUCGGUGAGGGUGGAUUUGGUUGUGUGUAUAGGGGUACAAUCAGGAGUAACGAAGAUCCAGAUACAAAGGUUGAGAUUGCCGUUAAGCAAUUGAACCGCAAAGGACUUCAGGGACAUAAAGAAUGGUUAACAGAAGUGAAUGUUCUUGGGAUUGUUGAUCAUCCAAAUCUUGUCAAAUUAGUGGGUUAUUGCGCUGACGAUGAUGAAAGAGGAAUUCAGAGACUUCUUGUGUAUGAAUACAUGCCUAAUAGAAGUGUACUGGAUCAUUUGUCGCGUAGAUCGACUACAACCCUUUCAUGGCCGAUGAGGUUGAGAGUAGCUCUUGAUGCUGCUCGGGGUUUGACCUACUUGCACGAAGAGAUGGAGUUUCAAAUUAUCUUUCGAGAUUUCAAGACAUCCAACAUUCUGUUGGAUGAGCAGUGGAAUGCAAAACUAUCAGACUUUGGUUUGGCCAGGCAAGGACCAGAGGAAGGAUUAUCUCACGUCUCAACAGCAGUAGUGGGGACUAUCGGAUACGCUGCUCCUGAAUACAUGCAAACAGGCCACCUCAAUGCCAAGAGCGAUAUAUGGAGCUACGGCGUAGUCCUCUACGAGCUCAUCACAGGACGUACUCCAAUAGAUAGAAACCGACCAAGAGGUGAACAAAAGCUGUUAGAAUGGGUGAAACCCUACAUAUCCGACAUCAAAAAGUUUCGUAUGAUCUUAGAUCCAAGGCUAGAUGCACGCCAGGCUCUAAAAUCCGCGUCAAAACUUUCUACUAUAGCAAAUAGAUGUUUAGUAGGACGACCAAGGUCUAGGCCUAAGAUGAGUGAAGUGUUGGAAAUGGUUCAUAAGCUUGUUGAGAGCGCAGAGCUUGGGUCUCCUCAGCCGCCAUUGAUCAAUCCUAAUCAAACUCAAGAAGCGAAUAAUGAAGAAGGAAAGAAGAGGGGAUUGGAUUUGAAGCGAAGAAUUGGGGAUUUGAAAAUCGAUGGAAGAAAGUUGGUUUGGCGAGGUUGGACUCCAAAGCUCAUAAAGACUUGCAGCUAGCAGAGAUGAAGGGAUGUUUCGGUUAGAAAAGUUCCUUUUUGUGUAUUAACGAUCAGAAAUAUGAAAUUUCUUGUACUAGAAAGAAAGAAAUGGUUGUGCUCACUUAAUGUUGUAUAUUCAUUUUGUUCGUAUGAGUGAUAAUAACUAAGUGUAAAGCUGUUCUUUCGAAUUGCAGUUGCAUAUGAACUUUGUUUGUUUCAAAGAGAAAGGAAGCAGAUUCAUUUGUUGCAUUUUUCGGGUUUUUACCGGGAUUUUUGACAAUAAUGGUAAAAGAUUGAGAGUUAAGUUCAAUCAGUGAA